AUGGGGACCGAGGAUGAGUACUUGGUGACCGUCGGAUCAAAUGAAAAGGCCCCUGAUCCCAAACUUCUCUCUCAAGAGAAGAAGUUGGCAGUUGAAAUUGUCCGACGGUGGCUUGGACUCUGCGAAAGACGCCCCAGGCCGUGGAUCUGUGAUCUGCUCUGUUGCUCGGGUCGAUCCCACAAGAGCGCAAAGCCAAGCCUGCGGACGGGGGCCACUCGACCCAAAGAAGGUCCCAGUCGAGUCGAGCCGAAGGAGAACAACGGCCCCAGUUAG